CGUUCCAUUGGGCGGUGUCUACGCGUUCCAUUGGCUGUAACGGAGGGUGACCGCCGCUGAAGUGUGGAGAGGUCGCAUUAAACUCAUGUUUUUGGAGCAAAAAAAAUGAUGGGAUCACAGCCGCCUCCUAAACCCUGGGAACGACGAAUCCCGGGACAUAUGAGCGUCCCAUCCUUCCAAUCUGCUGAUUUGGUAUCAGGCUUGCCUUCAAGACAAGGACCGAAUGUGGUUACACGGAUUCCGCCUCCUGUUCCGCCAAGGUCAACACAACAGUCUGGAGUUGGCAAUCUCAACACCUACAGAUCUCCUUAUAGCAGCUUCUCUUCAGCACACACACCGUAUGGGAGUUCUUUGUAUGGAAGCUAUAGCCCUUACAGUUAUGGAUAUGGAGGUCUGGGCUACAACAGAUUUCGAACAGAUGAUGUACGUCCCAGCACAUUUGUACGUGAGGCUGAAGAAAGCAGUAGAGGAGCGUUUCAGUCUAUAGAAAGCAUCGUUCAUGCAUUUGCUUCUGUCAGUAUGAUGCUUGAGGCUACUUUUUCAGCUGUUUACAAUAGUUUCAGAGCCGUCUUGGAUGUUGCUAAUCACUUUUCCAGGCUCCGAGUGCAUUUCACCAAAGUUCUGUCAGCAGUUGCGUUGAUCCGAACUUUUAAGUAUAUGUGCAGGAAGCUGCAAAGAUUACUUGGCCUGCGGAACUACUCUGAGGUUGAAGAUUUAUGGGCAGACAGUGCUGGUUCCGUGGUCCCACCUGGAGCUGAAGACAAGAUACCUGGGUCGGGCAAAUCCUGGCCCAUAUUUUUGUUUUUUGCAGUCGUUCUGGGCGGCCCUUAUGUCAUAUGGCGAUUAUUAAGCUCCGCUACUUCUGAACCAGAAUCAACCAGUUGGGCAAACGGAGAAGAUGAUCAUAUUGUUGCAAGAGCAGAGUAUGAUUUCACUGCUGGCACAGAAGAAGAGAUCUCAUUCCGUUUGGGUGAUAUGAUCAACCUGGCUCCUAAAGAACAACAGCCAAAAGUACGUGGGUGGUUGCUGGCCUGUUUAGAUGGCCAAACAACUGGAUUGGUGCCAGCCAAUUAUGUCAGAGUUUUAGGUAAAAGGCGAGGCAGAAGGCAAGUGGAGCAGGAACACAUUGCAAAGCAGCAGCCACAGACACAAGAUAAUUCAACAUGUGAAGGAACUUCAUUCAAGGAAGAAGAGGCCGUCUUUGAAUCUGCUUUUACUGAAACUUCCAAGCAGAAUACAGAGUCUGACACAAUGGAAUCUAUAAUUGCUGGGAAAGAUGUAAUAAAUGUCUGAAAUUACUCCUAUUAAUCGAAAGAUAGAAUCUUCCUCAUCUGCUCUUCUGAUCUAUAAAAUUGUAUCAAUAGUUUUUAUGCUUCUAGUGUACCAUAUUCUUUAAUUCGCAACCACACAAAAGAUUCUUUGAUAAAGGAAUUGGGUGCAUAAAGUAUACUUUAUUUGCCACCCACCCGAAUGUAUCCAUGUACUUGGUCUACAUGUACCUGAGAAAUAAUACCUGUGUGAACAAUAAUUAACUAACAUUUUAAUCUUGGCUUGAGAUUUCAACAACUCCGAUGAGGUUGGCUGUUUGAAUAAGUUGUUUCUCCAGGGAGAUGUGGAGCUGAUUCAAUUGGCAGCAAUCUGUGAUAUUAGUAUCAUUCAAAGCUUACUGAAUGUCUAAAAUUUGGAACACUCAGGGUUUUUGGUGUUUGUGUAAUUGGUAACGUUAUGGUAAUUUUUGGAUUAAGUAUUGGUUGUGAUGCGCAGGUCUGUAAUAAUUAUACUACAUUGCCCAUAAACUCAUAAAUGAAUGGACAAAAGCAAACAUCUGAAGUAAUCAUAUAUUCUUAAACUGUUGACUAAUUUUGUUACUGAAAUGAUUAUGUCUGAGGUAAUGUCUCCAAUUGAUUGAAUAGCCAUAAACUUGUAUUAAUUUACUGGAAUGAUACGAUUUUCAACUAUUAUAACAAGGAUAUAUUUUUUUCAAACUAAUAAUGGUGGCUAGGUAAGAUUGUAUAAUCUUCUUGCUUUAAAAACUCAUAAGGAGUGAAGUUGAUGUACAAUCCAGUAUCGUAGAAUGGGUAUGACGAUGUAAAUUAUGAAACAUAAUUAUAAAGUAAUAUGAUGGAGGCACAUCUACAAGUAGAAUAAAUGGAGCUGAUCAUCGUGUAGCAUGAGCAGUAUAUGAUUUCACUGCUGGGGCAGAAGAAGACCGCAUUAAGUUCAGGUGCUUUGCUCAGCCUAUCAAGAUCUGGUCUAUUCAUAUCAAUAUAAUUUCUUAACCAAGUUCCAUAAUCCAAACUUUAUUACUAUAAUAUUAGCCAAUAAAACGUGUAUGGUGUUUGAAUUGUGCAAAUUUACACAUAUUUAAUGGCUUGCCCCUCAUCCUUUUGCAUUUUCCAGAGAUUGGUGAGUGUGCCAAUGCCUAAAAGAUGUGCAACAAAGGUAAAAGCCUACAUUUAAAUUAGGUCUGUGCAAUUAUUUAAAUCAUUGCAGUUGUAUACAUUUCUUGUAUUUAAUGUUAUUUACCAGCUUAUUAUCACCAUGACACUGAAUAAUUGUACCUGUAGACAGUCUGAUGUAGUGCAUGUAGAUUAGGAGGAUCCUUGGCCUGAUGUUAAUGCACCUGGCAGUUAGUGUGGUGGAAUUGACCUCUGAGCCCCUAUGCCACUGCACAAGUGAACAAUAGACCAAAAUUAUGAGACCUGAUUUGAAUGUAAGAGGUAAUUCUGAUGUGUAGGAUGGAACUGCAGAUGCUGGUUUACACUGAAGAUAGACACAAAAAGCUGGAGUAACUCAGUGCGACAAGCAGCAUCUCUGGAGAGAAAUAUGGGCGACUUGUCGGGUUGAGACCCUUCUUCAGACUGAAAUAAUUCUGUUAUAAAGACAUCUGCCCAAGAUUUUGGCAAAACAAGACAGCAUUUGCAAGCUGAAAUGGUGGUGUUUUGUCUACUUGUGUGAAAAAUUCUGGGUCUACAGCCACAGAAAUUUGAUAAGUUAAUUGUAUGGCAAUACUUGAUUCUUACGGUUUGCUACUCGAGAGUGAACUUACUGCAGUUUCUCAGCAGUAAUGCUUGGUAAUUGGCAUGUCGCUUGUGUAGUACUUGGAGUCUGGUUCAACUUGCAAUGCAUUCAGAAAGUAUUCAGACCCCUUCACUUUUUCCACAUUUUGUUAUGUUACCUUAUUCUAAAAUGGAUUAAAUUCUUUUUUUUUUUUUUAAUCAUCAAUCUACACACAAUACCCCUUAAUUAAAAAAAAGCAAAAACAGGUGUUUAGACAUUUUUGCAAAGUAAUUAAAAAAUAAAUAACUGAAAUAUCACAUUUACAUAAGUAGUCAGACUUUGUUGAGGCAACUUUGGCAGUGAUUACAGCCUCAAGUCUUCUUGGGUAUGACACUACAAGCUUGGCACACCUGGAUUUGGGUGAUUUCUCCCAUUCUUCUCUGCAGAUCCUCUCAAGCUCUUGGGUUGGAUGGGGGGGGGCGUCGAUGCACAGCUAUUUUCAAGUCCCUCCAGAGAUGUUCGAUCGGGUUCAAGUCCGGGCUCUGGCUGGGCCAAUCAAGGACAUUCACAGACUUGUCAUGAAGUCACUCCUGCCUUGUCCUGGCUGUGUGCUUAGGGUUGUUGUCCUGUUGGAAGGUGAACCUCUGCCCCAGUCUGAGGUCCAGAACGCUCUGGAGCAGGUUUUCAUCAAGGACCUCUCUGUACUUUGCUCCGUUCAUCUUUCCCUCGAUCCUGACUAGUCUCCCAGUUCCUGCCGCUGAAAAACAUCCACACAGCAUGAUGCUACCACCACCAUGCUUCACCGUAGGUAUGGUAUUGGCCAGGUGAUGAGCGGUGCCUGGUUUCCUCCAGACGCGACGCUUGGCAUUCAGGCCAAAAGAGUUCAAUCUUGAUUUCACCAGACCAGAGAAUCUUGGUUCUCAUGGUCUGAGAGUCCUUUUGGUGCCUUUUGGCAAACUCCAAGGUGAAUGCACUGUCACGUGCCUUUUACUGGGUAGUGGCUUCUGUCUGGCCACUCUACCAUAAAGGCCUGAUUGGUGGAGAUAUAGUUGUCCUUUUGGAAGGUUCUCCCAUUUCGACAGAGAAACUCUGGAGCUCUGUCAGAGUGACCAUCGUUUUCUUGGUCACCUCCCUGACCAAGGCCCUUCUCCCCUGAUUGCUCAGUUUGGCCGGGCAGCCAGCUCUAUGAAGAGUCCUGGUGAUUCCAAAGUUCUUCCAUUUAAAAAUGACAGAGGGCCACUGUGCUCUUCGGGACCGGCAAUGCUGCAGAAAUUGUUUUAUACCCUUCCCCAGAUCUGUGUCUUGACACAAUCCUGUCUCGGAGGUCUAGGGACAAUUCCUUCGUCUUCAUGGCUUGGUUUUUGCUCUGACAUGCACUGUCAACUGUGGGACCUUUAUGUAGACAGGCGUGUGCCUUUCCAAAUCAUGUCCAAUCUAUUUAAUUUACCACUGGUGGACUCCAAUCAAGUUGUAGAAACAUCUCAAGCAUAAUCAAUGGAAACAGGAUGAACCUAAGCUCAAUUUUGAGUGUCAUAGCAAAAGGUCUGAACACUUAUGUAGAUGUGAUAUUUCAGUUAUUUUUAAUUACUUUGCAAAAAUGUCUAAACACCUGUUUUUGUUUCUUUCUUUGGGGGUAUUGUGUGUAGAUUGAUUUAAAAAAAAUGAUUUUAAUCAAUUUUAAAACGAGGCUGUGACAUAACAAAAUGUGGAAAAAGUGAAGGUCUGAAUACUUUCUGAAUGAACUGUAAGUGACCUAUUCAUUUCAAUAGAGAUGAUUAGCUGCAAGGGAGCAGGUGAUGUUUUUUUGUCUUGAAUUGAGAUUAUUUAAAUAUAUUUAAUUGUUUAGGGAUUUUUGAUGUCCAUUUUUUUUAAAUCUUAAUUUUAAUGUAACGUUUUAAAGUUUGAAUGUCAGAUGUAUUAUGCUUGACAGAUGGUGAUGCCUGGAGUGAGGCUGCUUAAGCUGUGCGAGUCCCUGGGAUUUUUGAUUGGAGAGUUUGGCAGUGGAUAGACGGUGAACUGCUAGGGGAAAGUUAUAUAGCCCUUGGAGAUUAGUAUUUUGACUAGAUCAGUGAGCCUGGUGAAACAAUUGAAUAUAUAUAAUUCAAUUUUAUUUUACUUGUGAAGAAGAUAAUCAGCAAUAUUUGGUGUUGCGAGAUCCACUUUUACCUUUGUUUCCAGUUCAGAAGAUAACACCAAUGUAUACUUAAAAAAUAUAUAUGCUGAUGUGCAAAAAUAACAUUUUUCAAAUUAUUUUCUUUCCUCUAGUGCAUUAGAAAUAUUGAGGCAUGAGAAAUGUUAGGCAAAUUCAGAAUCAGUACAUGAAACAUCUGUUAAUGCAUGACAUUAUGGCUAUUCUAAAAGGGUUAGAAGUAAGAUUUUUAUUUUUUUCAAAAAAAAUCCUAUCGUAUAAAUGGAGAGUAUUAAUCUGUUUUUUCCUGCAUCUCCUUACUAAAUAUUUCAAUGGUACUUGUCAACAGUUCCAUGUGUUAGUUUUAACUAUGCUUUGAACUGAUGUAUAACACAUGUGUUCAUUAACGCAUGAGCGACAUGCAGAUUAUCUGGAACCCAUUUUUGAAAACACUGCAAUUAUUUUUGUAAUAAAAUUAAUUUUGCCACAAAAA